UAAGUUUUAUUUUUCCGGAUCAGUCAGUCAUUUGAAAGCAUCAAUAAGAAUGGGCUGGUUGAUGAUCGUGGUGUCCGUGCUCAUUCCCAACAUCGGAGGGAUUGUUGGUGGGCUGAUGACGGCAAAGAGCAUAAAAAAUUGGUACAAUAAGGAGCUCAAGAAACCAGAGUGGCGGCCCCCAAACUGGGUGUUCGGCCCUAUGUGGACCUCCCUCUAUUCCACCAUGGGUUAUGCUGCCUAUAGGGUGUGGCUGGAGUAUGACUCACCAAGCAUCCUCAUCCCGUGGCAGCUGCCGUGGCCCCUAAAGCUGUUUGCGCUGCAGCUCCUUCUCAACUGGCUGUGGACCCCUAUUUUCUUCGGGCUGAAAAAUAUUACGUUGGCGCUGCUCGAGAUAAUACUCCUUGAUGUGGCUGUCGUGGCAACGGGCUGGGCAUUUUACCAAGAGGACGACCUGGCAGGCACACUCUUCAUACCCUACAUGCUGUGGCUCACGCUCGCCACUGCUCUCACCCUCGCCAUUUGGAAGAUGAACCCACGAUGGCGAAAUGGUGUGCCGUCCAAGGAGACAUAAGAAGGGUUGGACGCCGGACGAGGCUUGUUGUUUGAUAUGUCGUUACUGUUGUUUACUUGAUAUUUUUUGUACAAGGAUUUUGAGACUAAUAUGAUAAUAUUGAUGAUAUUGAUGAUAACGAUUUGAAAGGUCGUGUCGAGUUGUGAGAUGCUGCCCAAGAGGGAGUAGAAAGAAAGGAGAGAUGUGUAUCUACCCUCACACAUUUUUUUAGUUUUAAGGAUUUUGAGUCUUUGAAUAGGGGAAAAAAUUCAUGUGGAUUGUUAUUCUUUUGUUAGGAUGCUACAAAGAUUAAGUUUGUGAUACUAAAAUAAUUGUGUGUAUAUAUAUAUGUAUAUAUAUAUUAUACAGAAUACAAAAAUGUUUUAAAAUAUUAAGUGUGGAAAGAAAUUACAUGUAAGUUUUAAGGUUUCGUGUUCAUCCUAAGGAAAGUAAAAGUUGAUGAGAGAGCACAUUAUAGAUUGUUCCUAGUCUUUGAAAUGAUUUUUUUUUAGAGGUGUUGAGUUUUGAGCCUGAACUGAAGUAGAUUUUGCAUAUAUUAUUACAAGAUCUGAGGUCAUUUCAGCCUUGUAUAUGAGAUGUUUGUAAUAAAUAGACCCAGUUAGGAGUGUCACAUGGAAAGAUAAAGCUAAAAAAAAAAAAGUAAAAUCCUAAUUGAAUGUAAUUUUAAAGGUUUUGAGUCAUUAUAACAUACACAUGCAACACUCAACACAACACUUACUCGCAGUACAUUUGACAGGUAGGCUGUAUUUCUAAUAUAAGGAUUUCUUUAUUCUCUUUAUCUGUAAUGCUGUGGGGUUGUGAUGUAAUGAAUUGAUUCACAAAUUAAAGUUUCUAAAUUCAAGAUAAUAGCACUCUUUUUUUCAGAGAACAAUUUUUUUCUUUACAUGCUUUUAGGUAGCAUGUAUGUGUACAUAUGGGAUUUCAUCACACAUCAAAACAUACGUAAUGUAGAAUUAUACGUAUGUAUACACAUUUUUACAUAUUUGUAUUUAUCAUGAGCUAUAGACUAAUGGUUAAGCAAGCCAUGAAUGAAACGAAUAACCAAAGAUAUGCUUUCAGUUUAGUAAAGAACAUAUAGGGCUAUAAUGAAUAUGCAUUUUUUAGCUGUUCUUUAUUUUAUAAUGUGGUAAUGUCUUUUUAUGUAGCCAUUAAGUAUAAACCUAUGAUUACUACUGCUUAUUGCCAGCAUUUUACUAUUAUUGUGCAUUUAAGUUAUGGAAAUUCUCCUUGAAAAAGGUAGAUUUAAAUUUGAUUGAUUCAUAGAUUUUCUUUGAUUCAAGAUGAUCAUGCUGUAUAUGUUUAUAAUUCUUUGUUUUAAGUAUUGAUGUUCUCAAUACUUUCAGUUGGUUUUGGUUUUAUUGUUCUGACUCAUUGUAUUGAUAUAUUGUAUAGACGGCUUUUGAAAUGUUAUAAAUUUUAUAUGCCAUUGGAUUUUGUUCGGGUGUCCAAGGAUCUUGUAUUGAAGUAAGAAAUUUAUUUAUUUUAUUCUCAUUUCUUUAACCUUUUGUGCUUGUUUCUAAAACAAAAACAAAUUUAGAUUCCCAUUACCAGGCUGACUAUAAAAACAUUUUUUCUCAAGAAAUUUUCUUUAAAAAUACAAGUAUGAUGUCAGUUGGUAUUGCUGUUACUUUUGCUCUAUUACAGCAAUCUUUACUUUUUUCUAUUUGGCCUAAAUGAGGAUGUACUCUACAAUGAUCCUUUAGACAGUCCUCUGAAUAUUUUGGGUCAAAUAAAAUAAACAUAAUCGUUA